AUGUUAAUUUCUUUUGUAAUAAUCCAGUCUUUAACAACACUUGAAGUAUGUUUUGAAUCAUUAUCAUGUAUAAAAAUAAAUGAUUUAAUACUCAUAUCAUUAGCCGACUGUAUCAAAUUUUUUGAUAAAAUUAAUUUAAAACAGCCCCUGUCAUAG